AUGGGUUGUGGUGUAUCUAGGGCACAUUAAUUUAUGACUUACUCAGUAGAAAAGCCUGAUCUUACGGAGAACAAUUAAGGAUAAACCACUGUCAGAAGAAAUGUAAAAUACAAAGAUGAGUUUCUUAUGAUUCCAUAACCAGGAAUCACUACAUUAUAAGAGAUGUUAAAAAAUAGUGUUGCUAAAUAUGGAAAUCAACCAUGUUUAGGCAAAUAUGAAGGAGAUAAUUAUAAGUUCAUGUCUUAUCAUUAAGUAAAUGAAGAAGCAAUUAAUCUAGGAAAUGGGUAAAAAAUUAAAUUGACUUUAGAAUGUCAAAUUUGAGUUUAAUAAGAGAAGUCUAAGAAUACAAACACUAUAAAUUAAAAUUAAUAGGAGUCUUCUCAAAAAAUAGAAGAGAAUGGAUGAUCUUAGAUUGGGCUAAUAUACUCUACGGUUACACAAUGGUCCCAUUUUACGAUACACUUGGUCCUGAUGCUAUUCCAUUUAUUCUUGAUUAAACCAACAUAGAGACCAUGUUUAUCAGCGGAGACUCAACCAAAUCUUUGCUCUAAUGCAAAGAAAAGUACAAAUUAAAAAAUUUGGUUUUGUUUGAUCCUCUAUCAGAAUAACAGAUUUUUGAAUUGAAAAAUAAAGGAUAUCAAUUAUUUAAAUUUGAAGAAGUGAUAGAAAAUGGAAAGAAAUCAAAUAUUUAAUUAGCUUAAGUUUUACCUACCUCCAUCUUUACUUUAUGUUAUACUUCUGGAACUACCGGAAAUCCUAAAGGAGUUAUGAUAUCCCAUGAUAAUAUAAUCUCUUCAAUUGCAAGUACCUUAUAAACAGAUGCGAAAAUCGAUUCGACUGAUGUUCAUAUAUCAUAUUUACCAUUACCUCAUAUAAUGGAAAGAUGGUUGAUACUUAAUUUACUCUUUUCUGGUGCAUCUAUAGGGUAAUUUGAGCUUUAAAUUCUAGAUUUUAUCGAGGCGAUCCAAAUUUAUUGAAGGAAGACAUUUAAAAACUAAGACCUACAAUAUUUGCUUCAGUCCCUAGACUUUAUAACAAAUUCUAUGAUGGCAUCAAAGCUAAAAUUAAUGAAGUCACUGGCUUUAAAAAAUAAUUGGCUGAAAGAGCAAUCAGAGUGAAACUAGAAAAUUUAAGAUUAGAAGCUAAAUAUACUAGUGCAUUAUAUGAUAAAGCCUUUCAAGGAGUUAGAGAUUUAUUUGGUGGUAGAUGUAGAUUAAUGGUUACUGGUUCUGCACCUAUUCGAUAAGAAGUGAUUGAUUUUCUAAAAAUAGCUGCUUGUUGUCCUAUUCUUGAAGGAUAUGGUUAAACAGAAUCUCUUUUAUCUUUUUCAACAGCUGUUUGGGAUCCAAUGUCUGGUCAUGUUGGAGGACCUGCUGCUAAUACAGAGUUCAAAUUAGUAGAUGUUCCAGAAAUGAAUUACACUUCUUUAGAUAUUAUUGAUGGAAUAAAAGCACCUAGAGGAGAAAUAUGUUUAAGAGGACCAAGUGUUUUCAAAGGAUAUUACAAAGACCCUGAAAAAACAGCCGAAGUUAUUGAUGCUGCUGGAUGGUUGCAUACUGGAGAUAUAGGCCUUAUUACUGAAAAUGGAGGAGUCAAAAUUAUUGAUCGAAAGAAAAACAUAUUUAAAUUAUAAUAGGGUGAAUAUAUUGCCCCAGAAAAAAUUGAAGCCAUUUAUAAUGGAGUUUAAGGUGUUACUGAAACAUUCAUUUAUGGUGAUUCACUUUAAAGUUAAAUUGUAGCCAUCAUUGUUCCUUAAAAGGAAUUUGUUGAAAAAUAUGCAGCUGAAAAGUAAAUUUAAGGUGAUUUUCAGCAUUUAUGUAAUAAUCCAGAUAUAAUAAACUUUUUUAAAAAAAAUAUUAAUGAUUAUGGAAGAGCAAAUAAACUUAAUUCUUUAGAAAUUGUAAUAUUUAAUUACUUAUUUUAUUAGGCUAAGCUAAUAUAUUUAGAACCUUAACCUUUACAAACAUUUGGAUGUUUGACUUCAACCCUUAAAUUACAAAGACAUCUUGCCAAAAAGGUUUUUGCCAAUUAAAUUGAACAGCUUUAUAAGAAUUAAGCUUGA